CGAUUUUUAGAGAAGUGAAUGAGGAAAAUACAUAAAGGCGCAGAGCAUGAGUGGCCAUAGGAAUCCAAGUCAAGUGUUGGCCCUGCCUGGACAGGGCAGGAUGCACGCUGACUGCUGGUUCUGUCUCGUUGGGUCCCUGAGUGGAGGCCCCUGGGGGUGAGUGGCAAACCAGAGGUAGAAAACUUGGAUGUUAAGUUUUAAGAGGAGCUCUCAACGACCAGCACCGAGCCCGUUCUCCGUUGGUGGCACCUGACAUCCGUGGAGACGGGGCCUGAAAACAGGGCCAAGGCAGGAAGACGCAGGGUGGCGAGUGCUCACGGCAUCCAGGCCCCAGGGUCUGAGCGGUGUCCUCGGGGACUUGCUAAUCGGGCUGUGCCUUUUCUCUCUGGCCAGUGUCUGUCCAGCAUGAUGCUGCUCAACUUUGUCUCACAGUGUGGAACCUCAUUAAGGACCAGAUGACGGACGUGCACCUGGCUGAGCGGCUGCAGGCCCUGCACACGAUCCAGACGAGGGAGACCUUCGUGUGCCUGGACUGUGCUGGGCAGAGCAGCACGGACAGCAGCCUGCUGACCCUCCCGCUUUCUCUCUUCGACUCGGACUCACGCCUCCUGGGGACACUGGAGGAGGCCCUUCACUGCUUCUUCCAGCCCAGGCCGCUGUCCAGAGAGAGCAGGUGCUUCUGCAAGCACUGUGGGAGGAGGACCAGCGGCCAACAGGUCUUGAAGCUGACACGUCUGCCCCAGACCUUGACAAUCCACCUCAUGCGGUUCUCCGUCAGGAAUUCACGGACAGAAAAACUCUGCAGUUCCCUGCAUUUCCCCCAGAGACUGGACCUGGGUCAGGUCCUUCUGACGGAGGACGCUUCCCCCUGCGAUGGCGAGGGCCAGCUCGGAGGACAGUAUGAGCUCUUUGCCGUGAUCGCGCACGUGGGGCUGCCCAACUUCGGCCAUUACUGCGCCUACAUCCGGAGCUCCGCGGACGGACGGUGGUUCUGCUUCAACGACUCCAGUGUGUGUGAGGUGUCCUGGGAAGACAUCCGGUGUACCUACGGCAACCGCAGCUACCGCUGGUAAGAGACGUGUUUGAGUGGGCGAAGCCCCAUGAGCUUGUACCAGGCCCUCAACUGCUGUGGAAACGCUCAUGGGCUCUGGUCUGCUUCAUCUUUCAUACCCAUCCCACUGCACCAUGAUUUUCUUACAGUUUAUUUUAUCUAUUUAUUUUUCCCAAAUGUUUGAGACCAGGCAUCUCUGUCUUGCUAUGGAAUUGUGCUAGACAGAGGUAGUUAUGCACC